AUGUCUACAGUAUACUAUCAGCUCCCGGAUCUUCUUUCUAUGCUCCCAAGGAAGACUGGGAAGACCAUCAGCCCACAUUUCGCAGAAGCAGACGCUAGGUAUGUGGAAUGGGUAAAGAAUUGCAAGGUCUUUGGAUCUUAUGCCCAAGCCGCUUUCCGUAACGCAGAAAUGCCCCUAUUGGCCUCACUAGCGUGGCCUUACACCAGCGCCGAAGAUAUCGGUUUUAUCCUGGACUACAUGAGUCUUUCUUUUGUCCUGGAAGAAAUGACGUGA